AUCCCUCGCGGCGUGAACGGCACGCGGGGUCAGCGUGGCGCACCGUGCACUGCGAGCUGACGAGGUUAUGUGACACCUGAGGUCCUGUUGUGUAUACGGAAACAGAAGUACGCGGUUGACUGUUUGAGCGCCUGCGUAGAUAAGAUCAUAUCGUCCGGAUGGCACCGAUGGGAAAGCGAUCGUUUCGUGGUAAGAAGAGGAAGUUUGACGAGCGCAAUGCACAAAAGCGACCGAAGCCGAAGAAGGAAAAGUUCGACCUUAGAACGGCCUCCUACGUCAAGGAGCGCGAGGCGAAGAAUGAGGAGAUCGAGGCCCGCAGGCGGAUAAUGGAGGAGGAGAAAACGCGGCAGCGACUCGAGGAAGUCGAGAGUUCCGAGGAGGAAGAACUCGAUCCGUGGCUGCUCUAUCUGUCCAAGUUGCCCGGUUAUAAGCACAAGGAUUUAAUGGGAAAGCUGAGGAAGCCAAUCGUGACAAGCUCGGAGAGCGAAAACGAAGAUUCCGACUCACAGAACAAAAGUAAAAUGGAUAAGCAAGCGAGAAAGAAGAAGAAAGUAACGAAGAGUACAAAGAAGGGGAACAUCGAAGAGGAGAAAGACGAAGAAUCUGAGGCAAGCGAAGAAGCUUCCGAUCAGAACGAGGAGAUCACAGUGGACGCCAAGGGAGACGACUAUGAAGAUACCGAGACUGCUCAGGAGGAUAUCGGUCAUCUGAGAGAUCCGUUUUCGUUGCAUUUGCGCAACGACAUGGACGAGGAGCUGUACAAAGCUGUCUCUGCGACGCCACCGAUCACGGAGACCACGACGCUGUUGUGGCCCACACUGGGAAAUCUGGUGUGUCAGAUUCCAAAGCCGGCGUGUGAUUCAAGCGAGACAGCCAGAGUCAGAAAACUCCUGGACGUCGAGGAGAAACAGUAUACAAAUUGUGGGAAGGUUCCGACCCUGAUUGAGAGCGUCGACUGGAAUAAACUGCACGUGAAGUCGCAGAUUCAGAGUAAUUUGACGAAAGCUAACUGCGAGAAUGUAAAGAGUACCGUAGAUAAAGACUCCGCGCCUAUGACUUCGCUUCAGAGGGAAUUGUUCUCGGUAAUAAAUAACUAUCAAGACUUGCAUUAUCCUGGAAGGACGUUUUCCAACGCCGACGAGAUACGAUUCGUCUAUUGCCUGCACGUGAUCAAUCACGUUCUGAAGACCCGAACGAAAAUACUGCACCACAGCGCCAAGUUGGCCAAGUCCAAUCGUAGCGGCAUGGGAGAGGUUCCGGAUGAGUACAAGGAUCAGGGCCUGGUGAGGCCGAAGAUACUCAUAAUCGUGCCGUUCAAGCAUUCUUGCUUGAAGAUAGUCGAGACGUUCAUCUCGAUUCUAUUUGGGGAGGACAAAGGCGGCUGUGUCGUCAACAAGCUGCGAUUCAUGGAGGACUUUACGGGAAACGAGCUGACGAUGCCGAAGAAGAAUCCCAAGCCGGACGAUUACAAGCUGAGCCUGCAGGGGAACAUCGACGACAAGUUCAAGAUAGGCAUGGCGAUCACCAAGAAGACUCUCAAGCUGUACACGAAUUUCUACGCCUCCGACAUUAUAAUCGGCUCGCCGCUGGGCCUCAGGAGGGUGGUAGGCGCGGAGGGCGAAGCGACGAGGGACUACGACUUUCUGUCGUCCGUCGAGCUGCUGGUCAUGGACCAGCUCGACGUGGUCCUCAUGCAGAACUGGGAUCAUCUGUAUCAGGUGCUGGACUACAUGCACCUGCAGCCGAAGAAAUCCCACGACAUCGAUUACUCCCGCCUUAGAAGCUGGUGCGUCAACGGCUGGACCAAGUACUACAGGCAGACGCUGAUCUUCUCCGGUAUCGAGUCGCCGUACAUAAAUACGCUGCUGAUUAGAAAGUGUUUCAACUACGCCGGCCAGGUGAAGGUGGCGAACGCGCUCGAGCCGGGCUCGAUUCGCGACGUGGCCGUCAAAGUUCCGCAGGUGUUUCACAGGUUUGACGCGUCCGACCUCUGCCAGGCCGUCGACAGCAGGCUCGAUUUCUUCCUGAAGGAGAUACUGCCGCGCUACACGGAUCCUAUAUACAAUCACACCUUGAUCUACGUGCCGUGCUACUUCGACUUCGUUUAUCUGCGGAAUCGCAUGCUGAAGGAGAAGAUGAGCUUCACAAUGAUCAGCGAGUACACGAAGGACGGGAAGGUAGCGAGGGCGAGGGAUAUGUUUUUCCACAGCGACGCGCACUUCCUCCUCUACACGGAGCGCUGGCAUUUCUGGCGUAGAACGAGGAUAAAGGGUAUCCGCCACCUCAUAUUCUACCAGCUGCCCACCUACCCGCACUUCUACAGCGAGAUGUGCAACCUGAUGGACAAUCUGUAUCAGAAUCCACGCUCCGGCACGGAGUUCAAUAUGUCGGUCACCGUCGUUUACAACAAGUUCGACGCCAUAACGCUCGCGCAAAUAGUAGGCCAGAAUAGAGCUGCCAAAAUGAUAGAGUCGGAAUCCAAGGUGCACACGAUUAAGUGCUGAGGCUCGAGCUCUCGCUCUGUGAAAUACAAAGUAAUUAUUUUUUAAAUGAAAUGUAAAUAGAACGAUCGCUUUAUAAUAUGUUGGACCUUUAUUUUUAAUCAUAUAAAACUUACAUAAGUUGCCUAUCGGAUGAAUUUUAAUCGCGACAAGUAAAUACGUUUAUAUGUAAA